GACGUGGCACAGCGCUGCAGCAGUUCCGCUGAACGUCCGCUUCUGAAACCGAGAAGGGAUUAGUGAGAAAACACCUCGGGACGACGGCGGCUCCAGUUUUUUUUUUGUCGGCCCCCACCGGGUAUCGCAGCUUGUCCCGAGCAGAGAUAUAGCUAUUCACACCACGUCGGAGAUUUAGGGAUGGUCUGAGGAUGAAUGUAAACCAGCACACUCCAAUGGCCUCUCCAUAUGGCCAGCCCCAGCCUGGCUACGGCCAACCUGGCUUCGCACCCGUGGACGGGGGAUACCCAGCACCCUACGCUCCCUACAACGGCCCUGCAUCAGCCUACCAGCCCGGGCCUCCGCCACAAGGUCCUGCCAGGGGUCCUCCCACCUCUGGAGCCCCUUCAGCACCUCAACAGUACAGUCAGUACAGUCACAGUCAAGGGGACAUGCAGAAUGGACCCCCGCCUAUGACACAGGCACCACCCAGACCUGCUGCGUCUCAGCCAUACAACCAGGGAGCUGUGAACCUGUCGGGGCCACAACCCUCCUAUCCACAACACUACGGGCCCCAACCCUCAAUGCAGCAGGUCACUAACCAGAUGACCGGGAUGCAGAUCACCUCUGGACCACCAACCCCUGCGGGGCCAGGAUAUGAUCCACCUCACAGCUCCCAGCCUCCUGUCAAUACCGCCUACUCAGCUGCGCCUCCACACUCUUACACCCAAGCCCCUCCCCCCGCGUCCUCUGCCCCGACCCAACCGCCAGCUCCAAGUGGCCCUCCAGCUUCUCAGCAAUACUACGGAGGCCCACCACCUCCUUCCCAACAGCCAUUUAACUCUUCUCUCCCCCCUACCUCUCAACAGCAGUUCACCUCUCAUGCGCCGCCACUUCCUUCCUCCCAGCAAACCUUUCCUCCCUCCUCCUACUCGGGUCCUGCACCUACACCCAGCCAUGCUCCUGCUCCCCCAGUGUCCCAGCCACAGCAGUCCUUCCCUCCAACCCAGCCCCCCUUCUCCUCAGCACCUCCACCUAACAGCCACCCUGCCUUUGUCUCCGGCCCGCCUCCCCCUGCCCAGGGCUCCUUCCAGCCUAGAGCACCUCCUCCUUCCUCUCAGCCUGGGUCUUUUCCUCCUCAUGGUUCUUCUCCAAUCUCAAUGCCCUCUGGCCAGUACUCAGGCCCCAUGCCACCCCAACAGCAACCCCCUCCAUCCCAACUACCCCCCUACCACUCAGGUGCCCCUCCUCCCAGAGUUCAGAUGCCUCCCACUUCCAUGGCCCAGAACAACCACCUGCCUCCAGGACCACAGGGCCCACCAGGCCCUCCUGGGUCCAUGCAGCAGCCUCCACCUCAGCCUGGCAUUCAGGGAGGAUACCCUCCUCAGCAGAAUGGUGCGUUUGGGCAGGUGAGAGGCCCUCAGCCUGGCUAUGCAGGCCCGUAUCCUGGUCAACCAAACUACGGGGCUCCUGCACCAGCACCGGCUCCUGCUCCUGCUGCACAGAAAAGACUUGACCCAGAUUCCAUUCCUAGCCCGAUCCAGGUAAUAGAGGAUGACAAGGCCAAGAGCACCGAGCCAUUCGCCACAGGGGUCAGAGGUCAGGCCCCACCGCUGGUCACCACCAACUUCCAGGUCAAAGAUCAAGGGAAUGCCAGUCCCAGGUUCGUCCGCUGUACGGCUUACAAUAUGCCGUGCACGGCCGACAUGGCCAAGCAGUCUCAGGUGCCCCUGGCCGCCGUCAUCAAGCCCCUCGCCACGCUGCCGCCAGACGAGACACCUCCAUACCUGGUGGACCACGGAGAGGGGGGACCAAUCCGCUGCAACCGCUGCAAGGCCUACAUGUGUCCAUACAUGCAGUUCAUAGAGGGAGGUCGGCGCUUCCAGUGUGGCUUUUGCAGCUGCGUCACAGAGGUGCCUCCGCAUUACUUCCAGCAUCUGGACCACACUGGUAAGAGGGUGGACUGCUAUGACCGACCCGAACUUUCGCUGGGCAGCUACGAGUUCCUGGCCACUGUCGACUACUGUAAGAACAACAAGAUUCCUCAGCCUCCAGCCUACAUCUUCCUUAUCGAUGUGUCCUACAACGCUGUGAAGAGCGGCAUGGUCAACAUUGUCUGCCAGGAACUCAAGACCCUCUUGGACUACCUGCCCAGGGAGAACCCAGAAAUGGACUCCGUGGUGCGGGUGGGUUUUGUCACCUACAACAAGGUUUUGCACUUCUACAACGUCAAGUCGAGCCUGGCCCAGCCCCAGAUGUUGGUGGUGUCGGAUGUGUCGGACAUGUUCGUACCGCUGCUCGACGGCUUCCUGGUCAACGUAAAUGAGAGCCGGCUAGUUAUCGAGAGUUUGCUGGACCAGAUCCCAGAGAUGUUUGCAGAAACCCGGGAGACGGAGACGGUCUUUGGACCCGUCAUCCAGGCCGGACUGGAGGCUCUCAAGGCGGCAGACUGCUCGGGGAAGCUGUUUGUGUUUCACACCUCUCUGCCCAUCGCAGAGGCUCCUGGAAAACUAAAGAACAGAGAAGACAAGAAGCUGAUCGGCACGGAUAAGGAGAAGUCUCUGUUUCAGUCCCAGGUGGGUUUCUACAACACCCUGGCUAAGGAGUGUGUAGCGCAGGGCUGUUGUGUGGAUCUCUUCCUCUUCCCCAACCAGUAUGUGGACGUUGCCACGUUAGGGGUGGUUCCCGUCUCCACCGGAGGUUCUGUCUACAAAUACACCUACUUCCAGGCUCUGUCGGACAAGGAGCGAUUCUUGAACGACCUCCGACGAGACGUUCAGAAACUAGUCGGGUUUGAUGCCGUCAUGAGGGUGCGAACCAGCACAGGUAUCCGGGCGACCGACUUCUUCGGCUCCUUCUUCAUGAGUAACACCACCGAUGUGGAGCUAGCGGGCCUGGACUGUGACAAGGCCGUCACUGUCGAGUUCAAACACGACGACAAGCUCAGCGAGGAGACGGGGGCACUCAUGCAGUGCGCUGUGCUGUACACCAGCUGCAGCGGCCAAAGGCGUCUCCGCGUCCACAACAUGGCGGUCAACUGCUGCUCCCAGCUGGCUGACCUCUACCGCAACUGUGAGACCGACACCAUCAUCAACUUCUUCUCCAAAUACGCUUUCCGGGGCCUCUUGAACAACCCCACCAAGGCGGUGAGAGACACUCUGAUCAACCAGUGUGCUCAGAUUCUGGCCUGCUACCGAAAGAACUGUGCAAGCCCCUCAUCCGCUGGUCAGCUGAUCCUCCCAGAGUGCAUGAAGCUGCUACCGGUCUAUCUGAACUGUGUGCUGAAGAGUGACGUUCUGAUGCCGGGAGCCGACGUCUCGUUGGACGACCGGGCCUACCUGAGGCAGCUGAUCGGCUGCAUGGACGUCCCGGAGAGCCACGUCUUCUUCUACCCCCGCCUGUUGCCUCUGACAAAGUUUGAGAGCGGGUCGUUGCCAGUGGCCGUGAGGGACUCGGAGGAGAGGCUGUCUAAAGGCGGAGUUUACCUCCUGGAGACGGGACUCCACCUCUUCCUGUGGGUGGGAGCCAGCGCUCAGCAGGAGCUGCUGCUCAACAUCUUCGGCACGCCGAGCUUCAGCCAGAUAGACCCGAGCUUGACAAGUCUGCCAGUGCUGGACAACCCGUUCUCUCAGAGAAUGAGAGAGAUCAUCGAGUCCUUCAGAGCACAGAGAUCACGAUACAUGAAGCUGAUGGUGGUGAAACAGGAAGACAAAUCCGAGCUGAUAUUCAGGCACUUCCUGGUCGAGGACAAGAGCGCCAGCGGGGGAGCGUCAUACGUGGACUUCUUGUGCCACAUGCACAAGGAGAUCCGCCAGCUUCUCAGCUAGGCCUACAGAUGCCCACCUUCACCUGUAUGGACCCUCCCCCUUUCCCCCCAGGUUCACCCUUCCUUGUGAAAGAAAGCGCUUUAUCUUUUUUCUUUCUUUUUUUUCUUUUUUUUUAAAAACCUAAUAAACUAAAGCUCUCCUAGCUGUCUGUCAGCUGAGAAACCAGCUGGCAGAUCACGUUGUGCGUGUGUGUGUGUGUGUGUGUGUGUGUGUUAGAGUGUGGGGGUGAGAGAGAGAGAUGUUAAUAGAGCUUUACUCUGCCUCAAAUCUACUGCUCCAACACAGCAGGAGCAAAAUAACUGGCGAGGGAGGGUAAUGUAUAUACACAAGUGAACAAUUAUGUAUGCAACAGAGUGAGUGAGUGACGGAGACGGCGGAUGUUGACUGUAGUCGGUGUACUGUCUGUAAUACAAGCACUGAAAGGCUGUUUGAGUGCGUUAAAGACCCUCAGAUAGCAAACACUUUUUAUAUAUGAUUGAAUCCCAAUAGAGUGAAGGAGAUAUACAUACCAAGACAUACAUGGAAUUAAAUAUAUGCUGGUCCUUCUGUCUCUUCUCCCCUUUAAUUAUGGCCUUAGUACGCCCCCUCCCCAUGCUGCUCCAUUCAUCCAUGAUGUGUGUGUGUUUUUUCCCAGAUGUUAGAGGAUUCGUUGCCUACUUAUUCUUAUUUACUGGUGGAGAAAUCUGGUUUCGGUGUCCACAAGUCAACUGAAAACAAAAUGACACGUGGCUGCUGCGUCGUUACAGUAAUUGGUAUAAUCCAGAUUAGUUUAAAAUCCGCUUCAGUUGAGUUUCUGGGAUUGAUGCAAACAUCUGGCUCAGAUGUUCGGUAGCUGAUGAAGCCGAUGUGCAUUUCAAGUUGCUGUCAUGGUUCUGUUAUGAGAGGAAAGCGUUCAGUAGGUCAAAGUCUAUGCAGCAAAGAGGAAGAGGCACAAAAUACAAAUAAAUGAAGGACAGGUGUGAACUUUUGAUCUCAACAUCACAGUGAUGGCAACUUCUUCCAUGACUAGUUUCUGUGGAUGAUUUCUGCCUGUUGUUGAUGUUUAGUGCUGCAGACUUUAUAUAAAUCAGACGUCGUGACGUCCAAAAAUGUAUUGACAACAACAAAAAGAAGAAUUUUCCAGCAGACAGAAAUGAGAACAGAGCGACGCCAGAUAAAUGGACAUAAGUUAAUGUUUGCACAUUUUUUGAGUUGUCUUCGCACUGACUAUGUUCAGUGUGUAAAUAAAAUAUAUAAUCUGUACAGAAUUAAUAGAACAUAACCAUUUUAAAGACUUGCCUGAAGCGCUGCGGUUCGUUGAUAGUUGGUUUCUCUGUCACAAAUAGUCAAAAUAUAAAAUCAUCUCUUUUACUGAAGAGAGGAAGACACCUCGACUGGCUUUUUGAUAAAUGUGCGUGUGUGUGAGAGAGAGAGAGAGAGAGUGUGAGUGAGUAUGUGGGUCGGUCCUGGUGAAUUUCUGCUGAGGAACAGAGGGAUCAGCCAACACACGUGCAUGCAUACAUACAUACGCACACAUACUCUACCCGUGAGAUUAAAUUCAAUCUUCAUUCAUCAUUUUCUGUUCCUUUUUCUUUAGCAAAGUGACUUUUGUGUUUGUUGCGUGUGUGUGUGUGUGUGUGUGUGUAGCCCUCUGUUCCGUCUUCACGUUCACUGACUUCGAUUGGUCCACCGUCUGUAAUCUUAGUUUCUGUUCCUUUUUUGUUUUGAUUUUUCAUUUUUUUUUUCAUUGCCUCUUGGGACUGCUAAUAAAAUGAUUGUUAAAAGUGAAACUCCA